UGAUAUCACAAAAAAAAUAAUUUAUUAUUUUUACCAUACUUUUUCAAUUUUAGAUUCUUAUCUACUGGAACAAAUUUUCGGGCUCUGUCAUUUGAUUUUAGGAUCUGUCAUAAUGCAAUAGCUAAAAUAGUGUAUGAAACUUGCGAUGCUAUUUGGAAGAUGAUGAAAGACGAAUUCAUGCCGGUACCAACAACUGAAAAAUUUCAACAAAUUAGCAGAGAGUUUUGGCAAAAAUACAAUUUUCCCAACAUCGUCGGAUGCAUCGAUGGCAAGCAUGUGAUGAUCAAAGCACCGGCUAAUAGUGGAUCAGAUUACUUUAACUACAAAAAGUACUUUUCUUUGCAUCUACAAGCUGUCGCUGAUGCACAUGGAAAAUUUAUAUUUAUCGAUGUAGGUGAAUAUGGACGACGUAGUGACAGUGGGGUGUUUAAUAGCUCGUCAUUGUACCAAGCAAUAGAGAAUGGAGAGCUAAAUAUCCCUCCAGCGAAACCACUUCCUGGGUCAAUUGAACCUAUGCCAUACGUUUUAUUAGGGGACCAAGGAUACCCUUUAAAAACAUAUUUGCUCAGACCCUAUCCAUUUCAUAAUUUAUCGGCAGAGCAAAUUAGGUUUAAUUUUAUGCAUGCAAGAGCGAGGCGGAUUAUUGAGUGUGCUUUUGGCAUACUAGUUACGAGAUGGCGGUGUCUAAUGACGGAGCUUCAAAUGACUCCUGAUCAUGUAACAAUUAUUGUACAAGCAUGCUGUUUGCUGCAUAAUAUUUGCUCAAAUUUAAAAAAACCACGCAAAAUCCUACGAUGGACAAAUCCAACUGGUAUUACCGUAAACAGAAAUAGUCAUAAUCAUCCCUCACGCGAUGCUUAUAGGGUGAGGGAGAUUUUCAAAAAUUAUUUCUUUGAAAAUGGUGUUUAAAAUUCACCUUAAAUUGGAUAUGUACGUAGAUUCAAGUAAACCUAUAACAGAAAAUAAGUACAAACAAUAAAAGCAUUGAAUUUCCCCCCAUAGUCACAGUUCAUUCACAACUCUACAAUGCAAAUUUAAGAAGCUUUUAAUUAAAUUUUACUGGUGUAGGCUGGAUGCUGGAUUCCGGCGUUCAUUCCACAUCCUAAAAAAGCAGGUAAAUAGUAAGCACCUAUCCCAAUGGUUAAAGAAGAGAAUAUACCUUUAUUGUACUGGUACUCAAAUGUACAUUUGAGACACAGGCAAAUCAUUCAAGAAAAAAAUCCUCUGACGAAAUAGAGGAUCCGAUACAUCAAUAUGCUACACUGGGUAUUCAAAAUCAAACACUUCUUCGAAAUUCACAUCGCAAUCCGACUGCUCUUUCUACUUAACGAUGCAUUUUUACCUUAAAUUAGAGUACUGUGUUUUAUCCUUUUUUACUUCCCUUCAAGAAAGAAGAGAGAAAACAAAAUUCGAGUAGGAGGCACUUCUCCGGUCUUGAUCUACGGUCUACGAAGUCAGAGUCGGUUCUCGGGACAGGUAUGCAAGCAUCCUAACACCGAUAAAUAUCUGCCUUGGUGGCAUCACACCAACGCCAGUAUCCACUUCAAAGAUUUUAGUAAGCGACAGCAGUGGAUAAAUUAGAAGUGUCCGAUUUCGAACACCCAUGAAACAACCAUUUGCAUUGUCGCUUCGAAUGUCAGCCCACGUCAUACCAUCGCGAGUCAUCGGUGGUAUACUGUCCGAAGACCAACGCGAAACCCGCAGCCAAUUGCACAGUCAGUAUAGUUACAUGAUAGUUUGGGAUUCAAUACACAACGGAGGCUCGCUCGGCUACCGAUGACCAGCGUUGAAGUAACAGAACGGCACCGUCACCAGAGCGGGUCAUGAGCUUUAAGGCAAUCUCGAUGUUGAUAAGUGUUGCCCCGUUUGACUCGUUUGCUGGCGUUGAUUUUAAACCGGCUUCAAGGACUGGGGAAGUGUUGGCUCAAAAUAGUUGGGACAUCGAAAAGUCCGGACCCGGUGCGAUUCCAGACACUCUUGCACUACAUCAAGAUCACCUUGCGAC